UUGUUGCGACAAAUACCUAUGAUGUAAGAUAUAUACAUUUUAUUAGGCCAAAAUCCGUACUAAGUACGCUAAAUUCAUCAUGUCAUAUAACGAGAAACGCGUUUCCCGUUGGUAUUUCGGUGGUCUGGCCAGCACAUUAGGAACGAUAGUCACACAUCCGUUAGACGUGGUAAAGGUGCAGAUGCAGACGCAGAAGAGGAUAAGAAAACAGAAACUAUCGACAGUCGGCUUCAUGCACAUUUUAGUCAAACAGCACGGCAUAUACUCUCUCUUCAAGGGCAUAUCUGCUUCGCUGAUGCGUCAGUACACCUAUACCAUGGCACGCUUUGGCAUAUAUGCUGCAGGCACCAGCGUCGUGGACACCCACUCGAUGACGAGCAAAGUGCUGCUGUCCGCUUUCAGCGGGGGCGCAGGUGGACUCAUCGGCGCGCCGGCAGACUUGCUGAACGUGCGCUUGCAGAACGAUGUCAAGCUGCCGCUAGAGAACAGAAGAAACUACAGGAACGUUUUUGAUGGUCUGGUGCGCGUCUGCCAGGAGGAGGGCUGCUUCAGUCUGUUUAAUGGCGCAUCCUUUGCUGCGCUGCGAGGCGCUUUUAUGACCGUUGGACAAAUUGCUUUCUAUGAACAGACUAAGGACAUUCUACUAUCCGCAGGCUUUCCAGAGCGCGCCGAUACGUACGUCUUCUCGUCGAUCGUAUCGGCCAUUGCAGCAACGCUUCUUACCCAACCCAUUGACGUGGCCAAAACGCGUUCGAUGAAUGCGGCUCCUGGAGUGUAUAGAAACCUUACAGAUGUAUUUUACAAAACAGCCUUAGAGGGGCCCAUGGCGUUCUACAAGGGCUCGAUACCAGCCCUUCUACGGCUAGUGCCGCACACAGUAUUGCUUUUCGUAAGUCUCGAGUUUUUACGCUCAUACUUUGGAUAUUUACCGAAGGAAAAGUCGGCUUGAACCUAAUCUGACCUAGUAUAACCUUUCUAACUUUAAC